CACCCUGGGGCAACCAUUGCCCAGCAGGACCAUAAAAGGGGCCCUCCGGAAGCCUCCUCAUUCACCUCCUCUUUCAGCUGAUAUCCAGAGUGGUGCCAGCUUCCUUGGCCCUGAAGUCAUGGCCCCAGGUCUCCUGUGCCUGAGCCUUGUCCUGCUGGGGGCCCUGCAGACCCAGGCCCAGGACUCCACCCCAAACCUGAUCCCAGCCCCGCCUCUGCUCAGGGUCCCUCUGCAGCCUGACUUCCAGGAUGAGCUGUUCCAGGGGAAAUGGUACGUCGUAGGACUGGCAGGGAACGCAUUUAAUAAAGAAGAAAACAGCCAGUUCAAGAUGUAUGCCACCACCUACGAGCUGAAUGAAGACAGCAGCUACAAUGUGACCUCCACCCUGCUCCGGAACCAGCUCUGUGACCACUGGAUCAGAACUUUCCUCCCAAGUUUCCAGCCAGGCCAAUUCAACCUGGGCAACAUUGAGCGUUACCCUGGAAUCCAGAGCUACACUGUACGAGUGGUGGCCACAGACUACAACCAGGUUGCCACGGUGUUCUUCAAGAAAGUUUACAAAAACCGGGAGUUCUUCAAGAUCACCCUCUAUGGGAGGACCAAGGAGCUGACCCAGGAGCUGAAGGAAAACUUCAUCAGCUUCGCCAAAUCCCUGGGCCUCACUGAUGACCACAUCAUCUUCCCAAUCCCCAUCGAUCAGUGCAUCGAUGAGUGAGCAAGUGUGCGGGCACCACCUAGCUGUCCCCACCAGCCUGGACGCUACUGAAAGAUGUGGAGACCCUUCUCACUGCACAGCUCACCAUCUGCUCCCCAGGCUGUCUUGCUCAUGGAACCCCUCCUUGUUUGCUAAAUAAACAUGUGUCGCCUA